GGAGGCCGUCGCCGCACUACAAUAAUACCGUACACCCAGGGAAAUUCCCACCAGCUGCAGGACGAGUGCCAAGACCAAGACCCAAAAUCGUCUGUUUGUUUUGUUUUUCCGUGCCCGAUGCUGGAGCUGCUCAGCCCUGAGCCCAGCCCAUGCCAGCAGCCGGCAGCCUCGCUGUCAGCCUUCCCCAGCGUCUCCGCGCCGCUGGGCUACGAGGAGUUCUUCAGGGAGUACCUGGAGAGGAACGUCCCUUGCGUGCUCUCGGAGGGGUUCACGUCUGGGUGGCGGGCGCGGCGGGCCUGGGUCACGAAGGCGGGGGCGCCGGACGUGGACCACCUCCUGCACCACUUCGGUGAGGCGAAGGUGCCGGUGGCAGACUGUGACCAGAAGCAUUAUGACUCACAAGAGAAGAAGACCUCUACCUUGCAGGAGUAUAUACACUACUGGAAUGGCCUCAGGAAAUCUUCAGAGGGAAAACAAUUGUGCCUUUAUCUUAAGGACUGGCACUUUGUACAAGCAUAUCCUGAGUAUGAUGCUUAUACAACCCUCCAGUUCUUUGCUUCUGACUGGCUCAAUGAGUUUUGGGGAGUGAGAGAAGAUAUCCAAGAUGAUUACCAGUUUGUAUACAUUGGACCCAAGGGAAGCUGGACUCCCUUCCACGCUGAUGUCUUCCGCUCCUACAGCUGGUCCACCAACAUAUGUGGCCGGAAAAGAUGGGUAUUUUAUCCCCCUGGGGAGGAACAGAACCUUCGUGACAUAUACGGCACACCGGUGUAUGACAUUGACUCUCCAGAACUGAGGGAUUCUUCACAAUUCCCCAAAGCCGCCUCAGCAUCUGGCCGACUGGAAGUAAUCCAAGAACAAGGACAAACAAUAUUUGUACCUUCAGGAUGGUACCAUCAAGUUUGGAACCUUGAAGACACCAUCUCUAUCAACCACAACUGGUUAAAUGGUACAAAUAUCCACAUUGCCUGGGACUUCCUUGUUGAAUCUGUCAACCAGGUUGAGAAUGCUAUCAGGGAUUGCAGCAGUAUGGAUGAGUGGCCUGAGCAGUGCCAGCUACUUCUGAAAGCCACUCAUGGGAUGGACUACCAGGAGUUUUACAUGCUGCUGUGCACAAUUGCUCACCGAAGAAUCAAUAUGCUGCAGAAAAAUGAAGAAGUAAUCAGUUUUGGUCACUGGCACCUGGGCAGAAACCACGCCACAUAUGACCUGAAGAGAAUCCAAUGGUGCCUGGAGAAGCUGUUAGACGACCCGCGCUUGGAGGAGCUGCAGGUCUUCACAAAGAUGGAGGAGCCGCCCUCACAGCUCUUGCAAGAGAUAGUGCAGACUCUGUCAUGAUCAUGUUAAGUUGACUUGUUUCAUGGUUGAGGUUGUGAUGGUGGUUGUAAUGGUUGUUGGUGAAAUAUAAAUGUAAAGGAAAUAAUUUGUAGAUCAUUAUGCCACUAACCAUAAGCACCAAAAUUUCAUGGUAUCUUAAUGCACUUCAUUUGCAUGGGGCCUUUAUUAAAGUGCAAAUAAUGAGACAGCAGGUCCUGAUCAUCUCAACUGCCUCCUCAAUGCACUCAACAUGUCCUGCACACCACACCUUCUCAUCACCAGUAAUGUUAACUAAAAUUUCUAUACUAUACUAUUUUUUUACUAGGCCAUCCUAUUCUCUGGAUGCUACCCUUUCAUCAAGAGUGCUGUGCCUUGUCAGAGCAAAACAAAGCUUUAAAGCCACAUGUAGUAGGUUGUCUUCUGUCAUCCAACACACUGUCUUCAUGGAGGGCACAAAGGGUACCUACUCAAGGUUAGCUGGUGCUCUCAAAGUUUCACGCGUCACAUUUUCACGACAGUCUGAAAAUUUCCCCAUCUCAAGGUCAGCAUAUUUUCCUCGUGUUUCACAUUCACCUAUAAGUAUAGCAUCAAAGUCAACUUGGUUCUUUCAGUCAUAAUGAUAAUCACUUCAUUUUUUUCCCUAUCAUUCAAUAUUUUUACAGGCAUUGGUCUUUCAUUUUCUCCUGUUGGUUGUUCUUUUUUUUUUCUUUUUUUUUUUUCUUUUUUUU